CAUUUUGUGUUAAGUUGCAAUUUUUGUUUUUUCUUACAAUAUUUUAAUAAAUAACUCGAGAAUUGCGCCAAAGAAGAGAUUGCCUGAAGUCGCUGUCUCUGUUGAUUUUCAUUUUUCUAUCACCUGCUCUUUAAGUCUUCGCUCUGUUCUUAAGUUUUUACUCUUCACAUACGUAGCUAAAGAGCAUAGGCAAAAGCGGCACUCUCUUCAGUCUUCACUCUGUUCUGAUUUUGAAACAUUUCCCACUCUAAGAAGAUGAGAGUUUCUAUAAUGGCUCUCAUUCGUAGAGGAUUUGCUGCAAAGAAAAGAGGUACUUCCACUCAUCCACUCUCUUUUCUUUCAUCUUUUCAUGAUCUCAGCCAUAAGAAUUGGCCUUUUUCUCCAAGGCCCAGAAUAGAUUUCAGUUGUAUUCAUGAAGUAGAUGAUGCUGUUUUCUUGUUUCGUGAAAUGCUCAGAAUGCGCCCGCAGCCUCGUGUUGUUGAUUUCAAUAAACUAUUGACCUCUAUUGUCAAGAUGAAAAAAUACGCUGUUGCCCAUAAUUUAUUCGACGAAAUGCGUCAAUUGGAUAUCCCAAUCGACCAGGUGACAAUGAAUAUCGCAAUUAAUUGCUAUUGCCUUCUCAAUCGAGUAGACUUGGGAUUUGCUAUCUUGGGCAGUUUCUUCAAGCGCGGUUACGAGCCAGAUGUCACUACUUUCAGCACGCUCAUAAAAGGGCUGUUUUUAGAUGAUAAGGUCAUGGAGGCAGAAAGAUUGUUUAAAAAGUUGUUAACUCUGAAACUGUGUGAGCCUAAUGAAGUCACGAUUCUUACUGUGAUGAAUGGGCUGUGCAAAGCUGGACACACUCUCACUGCAUAUGAUUUGCUUGGAUUAUUUGAAAAGACAAGCUUCAAACCUAAUGUUUAUUCUUAUAACACAGUGAUUGACAGUUUGUGUAAGGAUCGAAGGGUUGAUGAGGCGCUCCAGCUCCUAGCCAAAAUGAUUGACAAGGGCAUAUCACCCGACAUUGUAACGUACGCUUCUAUAGUUCAGGGCUUGUGCAAUUUGGGUAGAUGGAAAGAUGUGAAAGAUUUAAUCCAUGAAAUGGUGGAUCACAAGAUAUAUCUAGAUGUGAUUACUUUUAAUAUAUUGGUGGAUGCAUUUUGCAAGGAAGGACUGGUCAAAGAAGCUGAGGAUGUUGUUGAAAUUAUGAUGCAAAGAAACAUUUCUCUUGAUGUUGUCACGUACACUACUCUCAUAGAUGUUUACAGCCUGGUUGGGCAAAUUGAUAAAGCAAGACAAGUAUUUGACUCCAUGCCAGGUAAAGGUUUGAAGCCUUCUAUCAUCAGCUAUAGUAGCUUGAUCAAUGGAUAUUGCAAGAAGGGAAGGGUAGACGAAGCUUGGGGCCUUUUCCUCGAAGUUCCUCGUAAAGGGUUAGAUUAUGAUGUAGUUACCUAUACCACCAUGCUACAAGGAUUAUUCUGUGCAGGUAGAUGUGCUGAUGGAUUGAAGCUUUUCAAAGAUAUGCACGCCCGGCAACUAAUUCCCGAUGUAAUGACUUACAAUACCUUACUGAAUGGCUUGUGCAUGAACAAGCAGAUUGAUGAAGCAUUUUCUUUCCUACACAUAAUGGAAGAACAAGGUGUUUAUCCUAAUGUAAUCACAUACAGUACACUCAUCCAUGGAUUGUGCAAGGAUGGAAAACUUGAGAUUGCAAGAGAUCUUUUUAACAAGCUUCCUUCCAAAGGUUUGCAACCUAAUAUUCAGUUAUAUACAACCAUUAUUGGUUCACUAUAUCAAGAAGGACACAUAGAGGAGGCAAGAUGUUUGCUUGUGGAAAUGGAAAAAAGUGGUUGUACACCUGAUAGUGUAACAUAUAACGUCUGUAUCCAGGGUCUGCUUAAAGGAAAGUUGCUGGGCGAGGCAAAGACAUUCUUGGAUGAAAUGUAUAGACAAGGAUUCUCACCCGAUGCAACUACUGUAUCUAUGUUGCUUCAUCAAGUAUUCCUCUGAAAGUACUGAUAAGUGCUAACGUCUCAUGUAUGCUACAGCAUGUUCAAUUUUAUUCAUCAAAUUUUAUGUUUGAACUCUACAGUCAAAUGAAACUGUUUGGAGGUGUUAAUUGUAUCUCCAUCUCAAGUUCAGUGGCACAUCAGUCUCGUCCUGAGAGAAAUAUGUGCCCAGUGAUCAAAAUCUCAAGAGCAUUGAUUGGGUUCACCAUGCAAUCACACUUGAAACAGAGACUUGGUUCCUGAUGCACCUUCCACCUAGUAAAGUGUUUCCAGGUGCCUACAUCUUCUCAAAUGGUGCCUUGUCCAAACAUUUAUGUUGGAGAAUUAUGAUGAUUGUUUGAUGGAACUUGCUUACCACUGCUUGAUACAUUGGAAAUUAUGGCCCUAACUUUUGUUUUUUUUUUAAAAGCUUUUAGUAAUUCUUGUUUUUGUUUCAGUUUGAUCUUUUUUUAGAGAUUAACAUGACAAGCCUGUUUAAGUAUUCAUUAGUUACCAAUAUCUUGAGAUUAGCAUGUAAGUAAUGCUCAAGUUGUUCAACAAUAUAGUUAAAAAAUGGAGUAGACAGUCGGAUGUUGUAUAAAACUUGUAACAAAGCCAUUUCAGAGCCCAACAAAAUGUCCUAAAUACUUUUACUUCUUU